AUGCGCGGGAUUUCCGCCUACACAAAGAACAGAACCUUUGUGGACAAUAGUACAAAUCUGUGCAUAAAUGUAUAUAUAGCCUUCAUAUCUAGCUCUGUCUAUCCUGUCUACAACUUGCCAGUCCGUCUUUACCUGGGAAGCGAGAACCCAAUCGUGAGCAGCCGGAAGUACCAGGGCUUCUUCACCUGCGACUUCGACCUAACCAGCUACCCGUUCGACCACCAGACGUGCUUCAUGAAGCUGCAGCUUCAGUCGGCCUUCCGGGAUGACAUGGGACGUGAAGGAAGCCAGGUACAGUACUUGGGUAAUCCGCUUCUCCUCGAAUACAGACUAGGAACUUUCACUAUCUUGUCAAAGUCACAGUUAAUGGACGACACCAUCCUUUGGGUGAGCAUCCCUAUGACGCGACUUGUUGGUUACGCCGUCAUCAGCAUCUAUCUGCCGUCCCUCAUCAUGCUGAUCAUCGGUUAUCUGACGCUUUUCUUCGUCAACGAUAACUUCGAGGUUCGCGUCAUGACGGCCCUUACCACGCUCUUGGUGAUGGCUACUCUCUUUACGCAGGUCUCUUCAUCACUCCCCAAAACCUCCUACUUCAAACUGGUGGACGUGUGGCUUCUCUUCUGCAUCUUCUCCACUUUCCUCAUCAUCGUCUUCCACAUCAUCAUCGACCUCUCACUCCACAACCAAGGCCCGACGCGCAGCACCACCGAGGCGGAAACUACAAGAGGUCGCAUCCCGGUCCAACACCAGUCCACGGCACUGAAUGGCGACCAAAGCGUGACACCUUUCUCUCCUGCUCCUCUUCCGUCGGCCGUGGCGCUCAAGGCCUGGGAUAUGCCCAGGAACACUCCCUCAAAGGCCAGAUGGUGCCAGAUGUCAGUGUCGGAUAUAGAGAGGUUUGCCCGUUACCUGAUGGCCGCUGUGUUCUUGGUUUUCAAUAUUGUUUACUGGCUGAAGGCAUAUGGUUUUGUGUAA